AUGGCAGCGCUGGACACAGAUCGAAAGCAGACCCUGCGGGUUUUGACGCUCAAUUGCUGGGGCCUUAAAUUCUUCUCAAAGCUUCGUAGGGAACGCCUAACAGCCAUCGCGAAUCGUCUCGCUGAAUCGGAGUAUGAUUUGAUUGGCCUCCAGGAAAUCUGGGUUGAGUCGGAGGAUUGGACCUAUAUGCGCACAGUGUGUAAGGAGGUCUAUCCCUAUGGGCAAUUUUUCUUUACGGCAGCGUUCGGCUCAGGUCUAGCCAUCCUAUCGCGACAUCCUAUUGUGAGUAUGGAUACGUACCAGUAUCGACUCACCGGGACGCCUGUCUAUGUGAGCCAAGGCGAUUGGAUUGCAGGGAAGGGCUGUGGGUGCGUUACCAUCUCGCACCCAUCUCUUGGCCUGGUGGAUGUAUGGAACACACAUUUCACGGCCUUGGGCGGCCAAGUCGGACCUGAAUCGCUCCGGGCUCAUCGCACAUACGAAUCAUAUGAACUUGCACAGAGAUGCAAUGCCAGUGACUUGAAUUCCCUGCCUUCAUCACUGUGCAUGUCAGUAUUGCAGCAUAUUGCAGAGCUCCGGGACUCAUUUGCUGAUGUACAUGGCACGGCAGAAGAAGUGGGAAUCAGCUGCGAUAGCCCACAGAAUACGUGGACGAAAGGCAAAAAACUCGAUGAACAGGCGCUCAAGCAUAAUGGCAAACGAUUGGACUACAUCCUCUAUCGCAAUCCCGCAGCAGCAGCAUUGCAUUUGCAGUGUGUGCAGCAUGAGCUGGCCUUCACAGAGCUUAUGGAUGAUCUACAAGUGUCUUACUCCGAUCAUUUUGGCGUAGUAGCAACAUUCCAUAUGGUGCCAGGGGUCAGUGCAACACGGCCCCAAGCCACCGAGGAAGAACGUCGCGUCUUUGGUGUCUGCCUUGGUGUUCUCACAGUUUUGGUCGCUGCCAACGCGUGUGCGAGUGCAUGGCUGCGGUAUGGCCGAAGCGUGGCGCCCUCCAUUGUGACAUCCCUCCUAAUGGUUGCGUGCACGUGGUUUGGUACUACGGCAUUGUACAGUGGCGUGAUUUGGGGCGAAUGGCAUAAGCGAGCACUACGCUCAGCGAUGGCACAGGUCCAGAUAUUGUACGACGUGAACAAUAAGUAG